AGUUCCGAUAGUAAUUCAAUCGGCAAAAUCCUAGUGCAUUUCUAAGGUUGUGCUGUUGUAAUAAUAGUGAAAAUAAAAAAAAUCGCCUCAAACUUCGUAAAAUAGAUCAUCCUCCUCGCGGGUGUGCAAUUAAGAGAGGUUAGCCAACUGUUGCUGCGGAAGAAAGAGAUCAGCAGCAGAGUGAAGUAAAAAACCAGUGCAGCAAAAAAAGGCGACUGACACUAUUAUUAUUGUUGACGCAGCAUAUCGUACAAUUGUUCAAAAACAUUAAAAAACAACUCGAUCACCCGAUCUCACAACCGAUCCAAGUACAUGUACGGCGGUGGACGCCUUCCGGAGCGUCUUCCCACAGUGAGUGCGUCUUCCACAGGAUAACAAACACACAAAAACACAGCAAUGACUUCGUCUAAAUCUGCCACCGUGGGCGGUGGUGCCCUAUCGGAGGAGGCACAGGCAGCGAUCGCGGUGAUCCGCGCUCUGGUGGCCUCACGCAAGGAAACGUCCAACGUGCUCAGCGUGUUGCGUGACUAUCGGCAGCUCGAGGGCGAUUCGUUACCGUACCGAAAGUUUGGCUUUAGCACGGUGGAAGAAUUUUUACUUGCCAGCAAUGAGUUUGUCAUUAAAUCCAGCGCCGGUGAUUCGACCCGUAUCUAUAUUAAACCGAACCGCGAUUCGGCCCACAUCCAGGAGAUGGUUGCGGCACAGAAAACGGCCAAAAGCGGCGGUACCGGUCGGAAAUCGAACUUUGUCGCACUGCGCCAACCAACGGGACCCUGGAGUACGAAGGGUUUCUCGAGCCAGUCUACGGCGUACAGUCGUAUCUACCAGCAGAUGCCAAACAGUGGUCGCAAUAAUAGCACCAAUUACAGCCCGAAAAAGGUAACAUUUGGUGAGAAGCCUUCCAUCGCUUCGGCUAAGAGUGGUGGUGCCACCAAAUCGCAGGGUAACCAGUUGCGACCGAUCACUAAGAAUAAAGUCGAGACGCGUAAUUCGAACUCCUCCUCUUCACCCGAGGCGAACAAUAAUAGCCGCGCGACGAAGAACUACAAUCUGAACGGGGCGGCAGGACAGCAACAGCAGCAGCAACUUGAUUCCGGUGAUUUACGGCACAAGCUGAACAAUCGAUCCGCCAAGGAUGGCAAUCAGAACGGUGCUGCAAAGGGACAGCAGCUCGAUGCGACCGAUUUGCGCCACAAGCUGAACGAACGGAACGGUACGCUUAGCCGUUCGUCGGUUGAAAUGCGCCAAUCCAGCAAAGCGCUACCGACCGUUUCGUCCAGUACGGUUGGUGUUGGUAACGCUGCCCGUCAGGGUGUUUCGGUUGCACGCAAGCAGCUACCAUUUACCGUGGAAGACAAAAGCGCUAAAAAGCCACAACAGAAAGUAGCGACUGCACGAAACGGAGCGCAAUCGAACGAAGCGCCACGGAACGGCAACGCUAGUAACAGAACGAACGCCAUCUCGGCUGGAUCCGGACGGGUACUACCCUUGACUGUGCCGAUGCCACACGCCGCACUGCCCCUGAUGUCGAUCGUGGUUCCACCCAAUAACGUGCGCUCCGUUGUAAUGGCGAAAAGCGUAAAUUCAAGACUGAACGUCGCGAAGGCAGAAUUACCUUCGGGCACACCGCCGGCAUCGGCCUUAACACCAACGGCAGCAGCGGCGGCCGUCGCAGCAGCGGCUAAAUCGUAUCAACGUGCACAAUCACUUGACGAAAGAAAACCCACUGUCUACCCUUAUGUGGUGGGCCGUUCGGUUUCAAUGACACAGCCACCGCCGGAUAUGAUGCCGUACGUUGUUGCAUCUGCUCCUCCCCCUAAGCUGCCAACGUUACCGGGCAAGAAGUCAUUGCAGGAUCGGCUGAAGAUCAACCAAGAGGUAGUAGACGAUGAUCUGGAAAAGGUAGCCAAACAACAGUCACCGCCCAUCGUUGAAAGCAUGGAUAUAUCUUUGACGUUGACAGCUCCAUCGGAACGCACAUUGCAGACAACAGCUACUCCUCAGAUAUAUCCAAUCAACUAUAAUAGCUCGUUCACGCCGACCGUACCAACGGAAGGAAGCUUCAGCUGGGACGAUCCCAAUGCGACACCGGUUGAGAUACUGAUGAAGUACAGUCUGCACAAGGGUUGUGCCCGACCAGAGUAUGGCUAUUACAAGCUAAAGAGUGGCCGCUACCAGUGUCUGGUGACGGUCAAUGGGUCAUCCUACUCGACCUAUCCGCAGGACUUCGUUAGCCAGUUUGAAGGUCAGUUUGCGGCGGCACUGAACGCGAUCGAAGCCAUCCAGCGUGACGAAUCGCGCCUCAAGUACAGCAAAUGUCUCGAUCCCGAUCGCGACAUUGCGCACCACAUACACGAGCUGCUGAUGAACUGUCCGCAUGGUAUGUUUAGCAAAAACAUUCCCAACGCGUUCGAGGAAACGCACCGUUCGCUGCUGCCGGAUCAUUGGUUUGCGAUUAUCGAUCAGCACGCGAACCAGCUGUUUGUGCUGGAGGAUGGACCGACCGGUGAUACGAUCGUGUUUGCGCGCGAACAACUGUCCGGAUCGGAUGUGGCAUCGAACACAUCCGAGGCGCGCGAGAUGGCAAUAAAUCAGCUGACGCUACCGUGGGAUGAGCAGUACUGGAAUCUGUACGUUACGAAUCCCGUUUCGACGGUGGAAGUUUGGGCACGGCUCGUCGGUAAAGAGUACAGCGACAAAAUGGAUACCCUUAUCACUGAUAUCGAAAUGUCGAUGAUGAGCGGACAGGCGAGUGCGAAAAAGGAUGUUACUGCUGCCGUUGGCGAGUACUAUCUCGUCUCGAUCAGCGAUUGUUGGUUCCGCGUACGGGUGGUCGAGAUCAACUACGAAACUAACCAGUGUCAGUGCUUCUUCAUUGACAUUGGCGAUAGUGAACAGAUUGCGCUCGAUCAGCUGCAUCGGUGCGAACCACAGUAUCUGGAUCUGCCUGCCCAGGCCAUCUGCUUCACGCUCGAGGGGCUGGAAGAUUUUAGCGAAAACCCAACCGCCCAGCACAUCCUUGGCCAGCGGAUCAAUCAUCGCGUGCUGAUCGGUAUGAUACUGUCGAAGCGUGAGGAACACGAGCGGACGGAACGGAUCGACGGUAUUGGGUCUGGUUCGCUGAAGGUGGUACUGUACGAUACGUCAUCGGCGGAGGAUGAGGUGGUGAAUCCAAUUUUGCUGCAACAGAUCUGCAAAGCCAUGCCGGUGCCAGAGUUGAAUCGGAAGUCGGUCAACUACGUAAGCAUUACGUACGUGGACGACCAGGGUGACGUCUACUGUCAGAAGGACGGUGCGAUGAACUACAUACAGAAACUGAUCACCAACCUGACACAGUCGGACGCACUGGAAGAUCAACACCGCGGUUUGUAUAACUCGAAAGCAACCGAACAACAGUUGUACCUGGUGCAGGAUGAAACCGACAGCAAAUGGUACCGUGCGGUACUGGAUGCGGAAGAAUCGGGCCCCUACUGUCGCAUGCUGUACGUCGAUAUUGGCUGUCGGCGACGUGCGAAUGUGCAAAACAUUUACCGGCUCGAUUCGCUCAGUCUCGGUCUGCGCAGCUAUCCGCCGCAGGCCAUCCGUAUGCGUAUGUUCGAGCUGCCUGGCUGCGGUGAACCGCAAAUUCUGGCCCGGCUACGUGCCUUCCUGAAGCCGGCCGUUCCCGCCAUGGCUAAGGUGUUCUCGAUGGCGUCCGCCAUACUGCCGCUGGUGAAGCUGUACGUGCAUGUGUCGGAUCGCGAGGCAGGCAACAACAUUCUGGUGUGCGUGAACGAAGCGAUCAAGAUCGAGAAAGAGCUUGAGAUGGGUUCGGAACGGAUCAAUCUGUCACCACGCAUCGGAUUUGCGGAUGAUGACAAAUUGUCCUUUAACUGUUCCGGAUCGGACACCACCGUCAUCUCACAGUCGACAGGCACCAGCUAUUCGAUGAGCAGUACCGAUGGGAUGGAACUGGCCAAUCGUUUCGAUGCCCUUCACGUAGGCAAGGGUGCCGAUACGAAAAACACUAACUCAACCAUUUCCGGCCCAUUACCGAUAGCAGCCGGUGGUGGUGGUAAUAAAGCGAUCGCAAAGCUAGCGAAAAUAACACUCCCAUCGGUUGGACAGGUGUUUAAUGUGAAGGUUACGAUUGCCAACAAUCCGAAGUUUUUCUUCGUUCAACCGUACGCUUACCUGCAGCAGCUGGACACGCUCAUGCGCGAACUGCAGGACUUUUGCAUGACGAAAGCUCAACCGGUUCGCAAGGAGCAGGUCCGGCAGGGAGAAGCGUACGCGGCCGUCAACAAUAUUGGCCACUGGUAUCGGGCUCUAGUGGUAAACAUCAAUCCGUUCGGACCAACUCCGAUCCAUGCGUACUUUUGUGAUUUCGGACAGGUGCAGCAGUUGGACGUAGGAUCGCUACGUGUACUGCCGGCCGAGUUCCGCGUGUUGCCACAGCAAGCGAUUAAAGCUAAGCUUUAUGGUGUAAAACCCUUGCACAACGAUUGGACCAUAUCGGAUGCGAUGCGGUUCAAGGCGCUGACGGCCGAUUGCAACUUUGCCAGCGUCGUGCGCAACAUCCAGGCCGACGAAUUGAAUCCCCAGGAGCAGCUAGUUGAGCUGGAACUGAUCGACGUAUCUACCGAUGAUGAUGUGUAUGUGCAUAAAAUACUCGUUGACGAGGGUCGUGCUGUUUACACAGCUGCAGCGCACACCGUUUAGGGUAAGAUGGGUUCGUGUGUUGUCUUCUGUCCGCAGCACACGUCGUUCAGAUUUUUUGUUUUCGUUGUUAAAUUGUUUAUAUGUUAACGCAUAUGAAUCAACGCUGACGCUGAGAAUAUUUAUUAACGUUGCUUUCUGAAUAAGCAGCCAUCGAACGUAUAUUUAAUUUGCACGCGACAUUUAAAAUACUUAACGAUUGAAGCUUUUGUAAAAACUGGGUAGAACGUUUUUUACAAGCACAACAACAAGGGAAAAAAGCAUGUUUAUUUCCAUCCGAUGCAUGAAAUAGACGUGUUUUGUAUUGAUAAGUAGCAUUCCAUUAUAAACUAUUUGCGGUAACAAAUUUGAUAUGCUUUAGCGCAAGGAGCAGCACAGGUUUGUUUGCUAAAACGAAGAACAAGAGAUUAAUCGCUAUAAAGCGUUCGAAUACGCUUUUUUUUGUUGUUGGAACGAAAGAGCAGCUAGAUGCAGCAGGAAUUCAGUUUUAGUUCGAAGGAAUAUUUCUGUGCUCUUAAGAUUUUCGAUUAAAUUCGAUUUCAAUCAUAUGUAUAAGAAUUGUCAUUUUUGAAUAUUCACAAAUGGAACAUAUAUUAGAAGAGGCUUCAAUCUUAUGAGAUGCUAUUAAAAUACUAAUUGUUUCACGAAUGGAUAAACGAUAAGAUUAAGCUAAAGGCUAAUAUUUCAUAUUUAUUUUGAAUUGUUUACUAACCGGUUUAACCGAUUCUUCGCUAUUUUUUUUGUUUUCAUUCUUUUGAGGAAUGAAGCACAUUAAUCCAUUUUUCAAAACAUUGAAACAUAUUUCAUUAAGCGAUGAAAUUAGGUGAAGAAGCAACGAUCGUUGAAAACUAGAACGAAACGAAGAUUUUUUUUAUUACACCAUUUCUUUCCACUUUUCUUCAUUAAACUACGGUCGAGUUUUCUCUUAACAUAAGAUUAAUGAUUGCCAAUGGAAAAAAAUAUCGCAUCGUACCUAAUGAGACGUUCAUAUAUAUAUAUUUUUAUAUAUAAAUUUUAUAUAAACCUAUACUCUUGUGAAACGAGAAUAACAUAGCAGAAGUACGAAAUGGCAGGAUAAUAACAUAAGGUUUUAUAGCAACACUGCUACACACUCAAGCUAAAAAACCACGACUAACUAUACACACACACCUCUUUUGGUUUGAAUCACGCAAAGCAAAUGGUGGAGAACUCGAGAUCGGUGAAAUAUAAUAUGAAGGUAAAGAAAUACACACGCUAGCUAUUAAAAUGAGUCAUAGACUUCGACUUGUGAUUGUGAUAAUGAAACGUAAACAUAUGAUAUGCAUGCCGCGUUUUUUUUUUAAAUUAGCUUGUGCUAUAUACACUUUUAUACACAAACAUGCGUUGAAGAACGAGAGGGAGAGAGAGAGAAUCGAAAAGCUGUUUGUUGUGUGUUGCCAAUUAAUCUUUCUUUUUGUGUUCACUAUAAAAGGAAGCAUUAUGUAUUAGCGUUAAAUGUGAUAAACAAAACAAACAAUGGUUUUACACAGUAGCUACGUGUGUGAUGUACUCUGUGCUUCCAAGCUGUAAUGGGAACGAAGAAAUAAAUAGCAAAAGGCCCUUCUCAGAAAGUUUCCUCUUCGAAGAAUAAUUAAAAAUCUUUUAGUAGUUUGUGAGGAGUGGGUUUAAGUAGAAGAUGGUCUGUGAAAGGGAGUGAAAUCUGCUUGGAGAGCUUUUAUAAAAGAUUUAUAUUGUUUUCGUUGCCCUUUUUUUUAAGUAAUCAAUGUCAAUGUGGUUUUAUGAGGAACUUUAUUUUACUAUGAAAAGCAUAACUGUUUCUAACUACUAUUUCUAUAUCAUUUUAGAGAUACGAAAGUGUACUAUUUCUUAAAUUGGUCUAUCUUUACUCCAAUGCAGAGCCCAUAUACAGGCUUUGAUGGAAUUGUUAAUCAUCGUAUUCGGUACUUCGUUCAUUAUCUACUUUCUUGUUUUUUUUGUAUCGCAAUAAACGGGAUACUUUGAGUGGGUUAUAAUGUUAUAUUUAGCACGUUUUGAUAAACAUUUAUUUUUAUUCGCUUCUAUAUGGCAUUAAUAUACACACGAACGAGGACGAUAGCUAGCUCUAGUAACUACUAACCAAACGACCCAGACAAGCGAUGCAGACAAUAAAGCAAACCGAAAUGAUUUCAAUUCGACGUAAAGAAAAAAUAACUCCACAAUUGAAGCAAUUUUGCAGAAAAAAAGUGCGCAACAAAACGAUAAUGGAACUUUUGUAUUUACUCCCCCCCCUCAAUAUAUGCCGCAUAUAUUAUGUGCCUUAAUUAAGCAUGCGAACUUUACUAUCAAUCGAACGAAUCCCAAUUAUGUAUACAAAACGAUAUUAAAAUAAAACAAAUUACCGGACGGUCAGCAGCGAGAAGUUUAUUGACAAGUAGGUUUGGUUUUUAA